AUGCGCGCGCGCGGAGGACCUCUCAGAGGCGAGCGAACAGGCACCGGCGGCUCUCUGGCCGCGUCUCUCUCUCUCCCUCGCUCUUAUUGGCGCGGAGCGUGGCGGGGCUGCGCGCGCGGCUGGCGGAGGCUGCGGCGGGCCCGGUGGGUGCGCGCCCGGCGGGGGCGCGGGGGCCCGCGGAGUGGGGCGGGGCCCGGGGCGGGAGAGGACGCCGGGGCGGCCUGCGGGGGGCUGUUUGGGGGCGGGGGGGGGGACGAGAGCCAGUGGAGGCGAGGACAGGACGCCCCCCCCCCCCCGGCCGCCGGGACCGUGCGGCGCGCGGCGACGGAGAAGCGGGCGAAUGCUGCGCGGCGACCUCCCCGCCCGGCCGGGGAGCCGUGCGAGGGGCGGCAGCCUCGGCGAUCCCCGACCCGGCUGCAGGCUGCGCCCCGCGGGCCGGAAGGCUGCGCCCGCUCCUCGCCACCCUUCCCUCCCCUCCCUGAAGCCUGGCCAGACCCCUCGGGGACGCUCAGAGGCGCACCGCCGCUGUCUACCCGGGGAAGACGCGACUUUGCUGUUUUUGUCUUUUGGGGUUUUUUAAUGGUGGCUGUUAGGCUUCCCCCGCUCCCCAGCCUUCCUGUCCCCGACGCUCGGGAAAGGCGCGUUCGCCCCGGGUGCAGCACCGGGCACCGCGACCGGGCGGGCUCAACCCUGGUAGGAAAUGAAGUGGGUGUCUCCAGACCACAGCCUCCGGGCGCCGCUGGGGGAAGCCUGCGUGGUGCUCCAAAUCCACCUGCAAGCCCCGGGGCGCCAGGGUCUUUGCUGCCACCGCUCGCCCCAAAAUGAGCUCUCAAGCGUCACCUGACCGCUGGUGCCACCGUCUUUCCGGGCCAGUCUGCCUGGUUCCCAGACCUGCAGGAGAGAUGACCUUAAAGCCGGCCGCCCUCCCUCACCCCAUUCAACCCGAGAGCUGGGCUGGAAAGAGCCCGCUUCUGAUUCAGUGAAAUCGCUGGGCCACUUCACUUGCGUCUUCCCGACCCUACUUCGGAGAAGCUUCUCCAACGCAAACCCCUUCCAGGCGUCCCAUUCGCUCCACAGGAAGUCAUAUGCCAUGGAUGACAGACACUCCCUCGAUUGAUUCUGGACCUCCUUUAUGUGUUCUCAUGAGACCCCCUCUACUUUUUCAGCAGAGGACACAGGACGGCUUGGCAUUUCAUACACCUGAGAUAUUUAAUGGACACAUUUUCGCAGGCUUUGCACUAUAAAUUCCACAAGAGGAAUUUAUCUUCAGCUCUUAGCACAGUGCUAGUCACAACCAAGUACAUACCUAUUAAAUGACUGCAUGAAAGAAAAAUAGAUACAAUUCAGGAAAGCCAUUGUCUGGGCCUUGGAGAGCUGUACAACCGGGACAUGAUAGAAUAAAAAAAGAUAAAGGACUCAUUUUACCCUGUUUACAUCACUUAUGGAAAUCUCUGAUAUUUUUCAAAACUCCUACCAUACCUUCAAGGAUAAAAUACAUCAUUCCAUAGAAACCAUAUUUUGAGGCAAGUACGUUUUUGAAAAUAAUUACCAAAAAUGAAAUAGAGAAUCAUAAAGAAAGGAGAUCAAAUUAUAGCAUUUUGACAUUCUAAAUGAAUCAAUCCUUCAUCUUGGUCAAUUCUGUGAGAUAUUUUCCUCGUUUAUGCUUUGAUUGUUUUGUCUUAAUAAAAAUAUUCAACUAUGUUCUAAGUUAGUUUUAGUGUGUUCUGUACAAAGCUGGGAAUGCCUUGGGGAAAAUUUAUAUUACUGUUAAUACAGAGUAUAUGAGUAAGGAAUAAUAGACUAAUUUAAAUGAAAUUUGUAAAAUGCAAUGAUUUAUUAUGAGAUGACAAUUAUACUGCCACAGCACUUAUUAAAAAAGGAAAAAUUAAUAUGAGCCUUCUGAUUUCAGAAGGGUCCGUGAAUGUGACAGAAUAUGAAAAGUACCUGUUAAGAUCAGAAAUUUUGAGAGAGGACAGUAGAAAAAUGGGCAGUUAGGAUGAAGUUAUAAUGCAAAAGAUCCAGGUUCACAAUAAAGGGUGUGUGAACAUCUUCCCCCAGUAAGAAGACAAAGUUUAUGCUCUAAAUUUCCACUUGUAUUUAACAUCUGCAUUUUAUGAUCUGAUUUGCUUGUUUUGUUUUAUUUAUCUACUUAUUUUGAGACAGAGACAGAGAGAGAGUGCAUAUGUAAGGGCAAGCAGGAGAGGGACAGAGAGAGAACCUCAAACAGGUUCCGCUUGGUCAGUGCAUCGCUUGACUCACAGCUCCAUCCCAUGAACCAUGAGAUCAUGACCUGAGCCAAAAUCAAAAGUCAGAUCAUUAAGAGACUGAGCUGCCCAGGCGCCUCUGAUUUGUUUUGAAUGUCAUCAUUGGGAAUCAUUUGGCAUGAAACAGAAGUGAAAAUCUGAAAUUUGAAGCAUUUAUGAUAUUCUUGAUUUUACAAUUCAGGGAGUUAAUGCUAUUUUUUUUCAUGGAACACACCUAAAAAGUCCUGUAAACGUAAAUAUGAUUUACAAAUAGAUACAUUCAUGAGUUUUUAAUGUAAAUAAAGGAAUUGUAUGCUUUGAAAAGUAAUUUAGUUUUUCUUUUUGAUAGGGAGUUCCACAAAUGCAUUUGAAAUACUUUAUUUUUCAAAAUAUUAUUUAAACAUUAUUUCCCUUAUAUGUAAUGACAUAUAUUGCCUUAGUUUUUUUUUUUUUUCUUUUUUACUGUAAAGUGGAGCCCAUCUCAAAAUGUUCUCUCAUUGAUAGAAGGAUCCAUCAGGCUAACAUUAACCAUGCUGAGAGCCAGCUAAUGUCUUUUCAAAAGGUAAAAUACCUCAUAGCUUUUGGGAGAACUUUUUCAAAUAUGACUUUUAAUAUUUUGCCCUA